AUGACGGCACUUGUCAUCGCAAUUCUCCUUUACAAUUAUGGCCAAGGCGAACUAUUCCCGCAUUUGAAUACGGUUCGCUCCCCUCGUUACAAUGCUUUGGUGUGGUUUUUCGUGAGACUGGACAGUAAUGAGUCUACCGUGAAGGAAGAAGACUUGACUGAUUUUAGCUUGGUGGAAGAGUUGAAAAAGUUUGACAUCGACAAAGAUCUGACU